AUGGACUUCAGACCACCUGCUCCGCUAACAUUUUCCGUCGGAAAUGUUAAAGAAAAGUGGAAAAAAUGGAAGCAAGAGCUAGAAAACUAUUUACUUGCAACGGAAAAAGAUGCCAAGCCAGAUAAGACUAAAAUUGCAAUCCUUUUGAAUUUACUCGGUACUGAAGGACUCGAAAUUUAUAACACGUUUCGAUUUGAGCCACCUGAGAAUAAAGAGAGAAUACGAAGAGGUUUUGAAAAUGUCGUAUAUGAACGUUACAAAUUCUUUUCGUGUAGCCAGCAAGAAGGACAAACAAUUGAAUGUUAUGUCACUCAGUUAAAGACUUUAGCGUCAACUUGUGAGUUUGCUGAACAAGAAAAUGGAUUGAUUCGCGACCGUAUUGUAUUAGGCAUUCGGGAUAGGAGUCUGACCGAACGUUUGCUUCGAGAAUCUAACCUAGGAUUAGAAAAAGCUAUAGAAAUAGUCCGUGCCGCUGAAACAAGCAAAGAGCAACUCCGGAACAUGAAAGAUGAUCCAGCGACUGUGAACAGCGUGAAGAAAUAUAGAAAACAGCAGCAUCAAUCAAAACAGUCAGUGCCACCGAAAUUAUCGUCGCAGCAGAAGCAAUCAGCACUAGAAUAUGACUGCAAGAAGUGCGGAAGAAGGCACAAAUAUCGGGACUGUCCAGCUUUCGGAAAGACGUGUGCGAAAUGCAAAGUAAAGAACCAUUUUGCCGCGAGGUGUCCCAAGAACAUUUAUGAAGUUGGAAUACCAAAUAAUGAACUUAGUAUAUAUAAUGAACAUAGUGUAUUUGUUGACUCUGUAAUGAUGAAUCCACCAGUAAACGGGCAUAGUGAAUUUAAAAUAAGUGCAAAAUCAAUCAAAGAUCUAACAAAUUCUAUUGAUGAAGUAAAUAAGGAUAUUCACAAGGUAAGUGAAACAUGGGUGAAAAGUAUUACAAUGUAUGUAAAUAAUAAGUAUUUCAAGGUUGAUUUUAAGUUAGUUAGAUACUGGUGCAGAAUCACAGGGCAAUUUCCUGACGAACCAUAUCAUAUAACCCUUAAAGAUGAUGCAAUACCAGUAAUACACCCCCCAAGACGUGUUCCUCAGGCUUUACAGCCUAAAUUAAAAGAUACUUUAGAUAAACUUGAAAGAGAAGGGAUAGUAUCGAAAGUAAAUAAACCAACUGAUUGGGUUCAAAGUUUGGUUAUAGUUGAAAAAUCUAAUGGGAAUCUGAGAUUAUGCUUGGAUCCUAGAGAUCUAAAUAAAAUGGAUUUUGGCAUGUACCACUAG